CGAUUAGACUUGGUUUGGUUUGGCUUAUAUCAAAUAUACCCAUUCUAGAAAUUUGAAUCUGAUUGUUAUCAAUCAAACACAUAUGUAGAUAGAUAUAGAGAGCUAUAGGAGGAGCAUCUUAAUGGGUAACGCAGAAGGGUAAAAAUGGUAGAGAGAAAAGGUGAGAAAGACUACCAAAAAUAAGGGAGUUUCCAAAAGAUGGUUCUGAUGAGAAAACAGAGCCCCAUCCCUCUCUUUUUUCCUCUUCCCAUGAAAGAAAUUGGAUGGUCCUCCUUCAAUGUCCUCCACCUACUCCUCUCUCUCUCUCUCUUUUCUUUCUUACUAGUAUUAACCAAUUACUGUACAUUAUCUCAUUUCUCUUCAAUUUCUGCAAAAAGAAAAAUACACAUCUCACUUAUAGAUACUAUAUCUAUGUAUAUGCAUGUAUAGAGAAUAAAAAAGUGUGAGUUUCUAGCUUUGUUGAGUAUAUAUGUGCGUUUUGGACAAUUGUUAGAUAUUAUUGGGUCUAUUCUUUUUUCUUAUGGUGUAUUCAGCUCAAAGAAGAAAACUACGUACUCAUCAUCUUCUGUUUUCAGCAAUCUUCAGGAACAGCUUCUCCAUUACCACCCACCGUCUCCUUUUUUGUUUGCUGAUCUAUCAUAAUCUUGACAAUUCAGGUGAUAUGAUAGGAUCAAUGGAGGAAGGAGGAAGUAGUCACGAAGCAGAUAGUAGCAAGAAGAUAGGGAGAGGAAAGAUCGAAAUAAAGAGGAUAGAGAACACGACAAAUCGUCAAGUAACUUUCUGCAAACGACGCAAUGGUCUUCUCAAGAAAGCUUAUGAGCUCUCUGUCUUGUGUGAUGCCGAGGUUGCUCUCGUUAUCUUCUCCACUCGUGGCCGUCUAUACGAGUACGCCAACAACAGUGUGAGGGGUACAAUUGAAAGGUACAAGAAAGCUUGUUCUGAUGCUGUCAACCCUCCUUCCGUAACCGAAGCUAAUACUCAGUAUUAUCAGCAAGAAGCCUCUAAGCUUCGGAGGCAGAUUCGGGACAUUCAGAAUUCAAACAGGCAUAUCGUUGGAGAAUCACUUGGUUCCUUGAACUUCAAGGAACUCAAGAAUCUCGAAGGACGGCUUGAAAAAGGAAUCAGCCGCGUCCGAUCCAAAAAGAACGAGAUGUUAGUAGCAGAGAUAGAGUAUAUGCAAAAGAGGGAAAUGGAGUUGCAACAUGAUAACAUGUAUCUGCGAGCUAAGAUAGCCGAAGGCGCCAGAUUGAAUCCGGAUCAGCAGGAAUCGAAUGUGAUACAAGGGACGACUGUUUACGAGUCCGGUGUGUCUUCACAUCAGUCGCAUCACUAUAAUCGGAACUAUAUUCCGGUGAACCUUCUUGAACCGAAUCAGCAAUUCUCCGUCCAAGACCAACCUCCUCUUCAACUUGUGUAAACCAGAACAUGAACAUUUGUUUCGUCCCCAUCAAAACGAGAGAGAGAGAGAGAGACUAGAGAGUUUAUUAUAUAUAUAUAUAUAUCCUAUAAUGCAACUUCUUAUUCAUAGUUUAGGUUCUAAUAAUAAAUGGGAAUACCAGAACUCUUGUUUCUAUUGCCUAAUUACAACAAUAUAUCAAUCCAAAUUCUAAACCC